ACAAGCCCGCGGGAGGGGCGGGACCGCCGUGACACCCGGCGGUAACGGCGGCGGGGCUUCCCCCUCUGCUUCUUUCCUCUCUCCACAGCGAUUCCUGCUGAAAUGCGGCGCCCCACGCUGGCAUGAGCCCCCCCCGUCGGGAGCAGCGCGCCCCGGGCACCGCCGCUUUCCCUGGCCGCAGCUCGGUGUCGGCAAGAGAGCGCUGUCGCCGCGGAGCCGCCGCUCGCAGCAGCGCCGGGCGCGGGACGGACGAGCCCUAGAAACAACGUGUAAAGCCCUGCUUCCUAGACAGAGAAACUAAGAUAAAGCCACGCUGGCUGCAAGCUGAGGAGCAAGCUAAGUAUUAGACUUCGGGUGGAUCAGUCUCAAGCAUCCUGCGCUCCUCUGCUCCAGUGACCCUCCCUGUCGAACUGAUCACGUCGUGCAACAACUUGGGACUUCACCCCAGCAGGUCGGAGUGGAGACAGGGCUUUUCUCGGAAGAGCAAAGCGCACAGGGGAGCCCUGACCCGGGCGUGAGGCUCUUUUCUAGCACAGGGAACUGCAGCCCUUCAGCACAGUCAGCUGGCACUGCUUUCCAGUAACGCCAUGGAAAUACAAAAUUCUAAGCCACCAACUCCCCAGCAGGUUCAGCACACUGGAAGCAUGGCUACAAGUGCCGUUCCCAGCGAAAACCUCCCCACGUACAAGCUGGUGGUUGUUGGAGAUGGUGGUGUGGGGAAGAGCGCUCUCACUAUUCAGUUUUUCCAGAAGAUUUUUGUGCCGGACUAUGACCCAACUAUUGAAGACUCCUACCUGAAGCACACGGAAAUAGAUGGGCAGUGGGCAAUUCUUGAUGUUCUGGAUACCGCGGGCCAGGAGGAGUUCAGCGCAAUGCGGGAGCAGUACAUGAGGACUGGAGACGGUUUCCUUAUCGUCUACUCGGUGACAGACAAGGCCAGCUUCGAGCACGUGGACCGGUUCCACCAGCUGAUCCUCAGAGUCAAGGACAGGGAGUCUUUUCCAAUGAUUUUGGUGGCAAACAAAGUUGAUCUAAUGCACUUACGGAAAAUUACAAGAGAACAGGGGAGAGAAAUGGCAACGAAACAUAACAUUCCCUAUAUAGAAACGAGUGCCAAGGACCCACCUCUGAACGUGGACAAGGCCUUCCAUGAUCUGGUGAGGGUAAUAAGGCAACAGAUCCCAGAGAAAAGCCAGAAGAAGAAGAAAAAGGCCAAAUGGCGAGGGGACAGAGCCACGGGCUCCCAUAAACUCCAGUGCGUGAUUUUGUGACGGGACGCCCUGGGAGCGCCUUGGAUGCCUCCCUCCCCCCCCCCUUGACCCACGGCCAGCCCGGGCGAGGAGCCGCAGCUCGAUGCUGAUGCCCACACGGCCCCGUGGCCCCUCGGGCUCCCUGCGGCGGCUCAGACUCGGAGGAGGCGGCUCACAGGGUCCGGAGCCCCGGAGAGGGGCUGCACGUCAGGGCCAGCGUGGGAGCUGUGCGAACGGGAGGCGGAAGGGAUCGGCAGCACCUCAACUCUCCAACAUCCCCAGCACCUUCCAGGGGCCUCCAUUAUGUUUAUUAAAAAAAAAAAAAAAAAAAAAAAAAACACACAAAACAAACAAGGCAGAAGUUAAAAAAUGUUGGUUUUAUCUGCAAACAUUUCUCUUUGUGACCCGUUUCUGCACAGCCUUGAAUAGCCCCCCUGUUUGGUACAGUUGUCCGUGUAUGUGUGGGGGAAGGGAAAGGGUUUUUCUUAAAUUUUUUUUUGUCCCCUUCUUCCUUUUUGUUGUUUGCUCAGCGAGUGUUGGGUUGCAAAGAAACAACGGCCAGGCUUAGAUUUUUUGCACUGAACUCUCUCUUGGGCGGCAGUGCCAAAACACAACUUCAUAUGAAAGUGCAUAGACUUGGAGGAAGAAAAUUAAUUCCAGCUGCUCUGGGUGCUCCAGACAUUGUGUCAGACUCUGGAGAGUCGCCAGCUCACAGACCAUAAACUCCAGCUUAGAAAAGGAGGUUUGGGCUUGGAUUUCUUUUUUUUUUUUCCCUUACCCUUUGUCAAGAGGUUUUGUUUCUGUUUUGUAACUUUGGACAUGUCAAACUUAAGACAUUUUGUUAACCUGGAAGUAUUUAAAUUAAAGUAAUUUACAAAUGGAA